ACCUUUUACCAAACGUAAAGGUUAUCUUUUCACCUGAUAGGUUGAUCUUUGAAUAGUCCAAAAUAUCAAACCCAUUACCAUGAAACCCGACCCGAUUUGCAGAAACUCUUCCUUCUCCAUUGAAAAAUCGAGCUGGAUUGUUCACACUCUUUGAAUCAACCCUUCGAAGGUCUUUUCCUUCGAGAUCCCUAUAUACUCCAUCUUCAAUUUCAAUUCAAACAAACAGAAACUUCUUCAAAAUUUUCUCAGUGAAUUAAGCUGUGAGAUUUGUAAAUAGUUGCGAAAAUGAUGGCUGAUGAUCUCGGCGUUGAGGCGAAGGAAGCCUCCGUUCGUGAGGUCGCUAAGCUAUUGCCUUUACCUGAGCUUUUACAGUCUAUUUCAUCGAUCAAAGCCGAUUACAUUGCUCGUCAACAGGCAAAUGAUGCACAACUUAGUACGAUGGUCGCCGAACAGGUUGAGCAAGCUCAAGGUGGUCUGCAAUCACUUUCCUUAUCUCAGAAGACUAUAAACCAGCUCCGAGAAAACUUCCUUUCUAUUGAAAAGCUUUGUCAAGAGUGCCAAACUUUAAUCGAAAAUCAUGACCAGAUAAAAAUUCUCAGUAACACCAGGAAUAACUUGAACACUACUCUGAAGGAUGUGGAGGGAAUGAUGUCAAUUUCAGUAGAGGCGUCUGAAGCACGGGAUUCUCUUAGAGAUGAUAAGGAACUAAUUAACACCUAUGAAAGGUUAACUGCUCUUGAUGGAAAGCGAAGGUUCGCGCUAGCUGCUGCAGGGUCUCAUAAAGAAGAGGUUGGUAGACUAAGAGAAUAUUUUGAAGAUGUGGAUAGAACAUGGGAGACGUUUGAGAAGACACUGUGGGCCCAUAUUGCAAAUUUCUCUAAACUGGCUAAGGAUAGCCCACAAACACUCGUCCGUGCUAUAAGGGUUGUUGAAAUGCAAGAAAUCCUAGAUCAGCAACUCGCAGAAGAAGCAGCUGAGGCUGAGGGAGGUGGUGCUAUGGCUUCAGUCGCAAAUCCUCGAAGAAAUGCCAAAAAAACAACUUCUUCUAAAAAUCUCACACAGCAGAAGUUGAAGGUUCAGGGAAAAGGCUACAAGGACAAAUGUUAUGAAAGUAUAAGGAAGUCCGUUGAAGCACGUUUUGACAAAUUGCUUGAUGAGAAAGACCUUAAAACAGCUAUAGAGGAAGCUAGAGUGAUAGGAGAAGAGCUUGGAGAGAUAUAUGACUAUGUGGCUCCUUGUUUUCCUCCAAGAUAUGAAGUUUUCCAGCUCAUGGUGAAUCUUUAUACAGAGAGAUUUGUUCAGUGGCUGAGAAAGAUGAGUGACCAAGCUAAUAAUAUGACAAAUAUAGAAAUUUUAAAGGUAACAGGUUGGGUGGUUGAUUACCAAGAAAGUCUAAUUGAACUUGGAGUUGAUGAUUCUUUAGCUCAAGUUUGCUCAGAGAGUGGUGCAAUGGAUCCUCUCAUGAAUGCGUAUGUUGAGAGAAUGCAAGCUACAACAAAGAAAUGGUACUUGAAUAUCCUUGAGGCAGACAAAGUACAGCCACCUAAAAAGACUGAUGAUGGGAAACUAUAUACACCUGCUGCCGUUGACUUAUUUAGGAUCCUGGGGGAGCAAGUGCAAAUUGUGCGAGAAAAUAGCACUGAUGUCAUGUUAUACAGGAUUGCUUUGGCUCUCAUUCAGGUAAUGAUUGAUUUUCAAGCAGCUGAGAGGAAGAGAUUGGAGGAACCUGCUUCUGAAAUUGGUCUGGAAUCCCUAUGUGCAAUGAUUAACAACAAUCUUCGCUGUUAUGAUCUCGCGAUGGAGCUAAGUUCUAGUACUCUUGAAGCUCUCCCACAGAACUAUGCUGAGCAGGUUAAUUUUGAGGACACUUGCAAAGGGUUUCUAGAGGUUGCAAAGGAAGCUGUUCAUCAAACUGUCAGUGUUAUCUUUGAAGAUCCAGGAGUAGAGGAACUGCUCGUUAAAUUGUAUCAGAAAGAUUGGCUGGAAGGACAGGUUACCGAGUUCCUAGUUGCAACAUUUGGAGACUACUUCACUGAUGUGAAGAUGUACAUUGAAGAAAGAUCAUUUAGGCGUUUUGUUGAGGCUUGCCUGGAGGAGACUGUUGUUGUAUAUGUGGAUCAUCUACUUACCCAGAAAAACUAUAUUAAAGAAGAAACGAUUGAGAGGAUGAGGCUUGAUGAAGAGGUUCUCAUGGAUUUCUUUCGGGAGUACAUUAGCGUAUCUAAAGUAGAGAGCAGAGUAAGGAUACUCAGUGACUUGAGAGAACUUGCUUCAUCUGAGAGCCCUGAUACUUUCACACUGGUUUACACAAAUAUUUUAGAACAGCAACCAGACUGUCCGCCAGAAGUAGUUGAAAAGAUUGUGAGUCUGCGAGAAGGCAUACCACGAAAAGACGCAAAAGAGGUUGUUCAAGAAUGCAAAGAAAUCUAUGAAAAUUCUCUGGUAGAUGGAAAUCCUCCAAAAACAGGUUUUGUUUUCCCCAGGGUGAAGUCCUUAUCAGCGGCAAAACAUUCAAUAUGGCGAAAGCUCACCUAGACAGAUGCUGCAACAAAUCGUUUGUUUCAGUCACUGAGUAUUUCCUGUACAUGCCUUACGUCAUAAAUGUACAGAUUGGGACUAUAUUUUCUGUCUUCAUAUGAUUUGAUUUAUUUAGCUCAUUAGUUCGGAUUGUAGUUGCCUUUGCCAAAUAUGUAUUCAUUCCUUUAUCUUUUUAUCUACUACCAAUUUUGCAACCGUUAGGGUUACAGCGUACUUGCUCGGUUCUACUUGUAAUGAUGGUUAAAUAAUAGGUCAGCUGACUUCAUUCUCUCUCUCUUUUGAUUCUUGAAAUGUUUCAACUAUGAACAGAUCGAUCCCUCUUGUUGUAGCAUAAAGGCUCGUAAAUUUGUUA